GACCCUGAGGUUUGCAAAUUAUUUGCUGCUAAAAAGGAUGUCUUCUUGGCAGAAUUUCUGUAUGAAUAUGCAAGAAGACACCCUGAGUUAUCUGAUCAGCUGCUCCUGAGAAUAGCCAAAGGAUAUGAAGAACAAUGUGAAAAAUGCUGUGAACUUGAAAACUUUCUUGGAUGCCUUAAGGACGGGGAACACGUACUAGCAGAGGCAAUCCAGGAAAGCACUGCAUUGGUGGAAAAGAACUGUGAAGUCCAGCACAAAUUGGGAGAAUAUUUGUUCCAAAAUGUGCUGCUGAUACGCUACACCAAGAAGAUGCUGCCAGUAACAACCCAAAGUUUAAUUCAUAUCACAAAGCACAUGACAGAGGUUGGCAACAAAUGCUGCGCACUACCGAAUACACAGAAGAUGCCAUGUGCUGAAGGAGGAUUAAGUUUGAUCAUUGGAGAAUUCUGUGAAAUGGAGAAAACUCACCCCAUCAAUGACCAUGUUAAAAACUGCUGCUGGAAAUCCUAUUCUAAUAGAAGAAACUGCUUUACUAAUCUGGGACCUGAUGACUCCUAUGUACCUCCAGAAAUAACUGAUGAUACUUUCCACUUUACUGAAGACUUGUGUACACUCCCUGAAGAAGAGCUUAACAUUAAGAAACAGGGAUUCAUUGUAACACUUGUGAAGGUGAAGCCUCAUGUGACUGAUGAGUUAUAUGGUCAAAUUGCUGUAGAAUUCACAAAAAUGAGAGAAAAGUGUUGUGCCGCAGAGGACCACCAGGCAUGCUUUAAUACAGAGGAAGCAAUUCUGAUUGAACAUUGUAAACAACUGGCUGCAUAAACAUAAUCUUAAUGAAUGUAACACAUCUGGAACCAGAUUGAUGAAGAACAUUGAAUCAUAAACAAGAUGAAGAAAAUAAAGUUACUUUUUACCAACAAAAAUGUUAAUGUCCUGGAGUUUUUAACUCUUUGUAACAAUAAAUUAAACUUUUAAAGUA